AUGGUUCUUAAAUUGAAAUUUCACAAGCAGAAACUCUUGAAGGAAGUUGAUUUUAUUAACUGGGAGGUUGACAACAAUUUACACGAGGUUAAAAUGUUAAGAAAAUAUCAUAUUGAGAAGAGAGAAGAUUAUACAACAAAAAAAAGUCGAAAUAUCAGAGAAUUGGCACAGAAAAUAUGGGACUUUGAUGAAAAGGAUGGUUUCAGAGCUCAAAGCACAGCCCUUUUCUUGGAAAAACUUUACAGUGUUGGUUUGAUCCCCACCAAACAGAAACUCUCCCUUACGAAUGAAGUCAGUGCAUCUGCAUUCUGCAGGAGACGACUUCCCACAAUCAUGCUAAAACUGCGUAUGGCUCAGAACCUGAAGACUGCCAUAACCUUCAUAGAGCAGGGCUACGUGCAAUCUGGACCUCCCGUUAUUGUGCAAUACUCUUACAGGAGUUUGGAAGACUUUGUCACAUGGGUGGAUUCAUCCAAGAUCAAACAACAUGUCAUGAACUACAAUGAGGAGCGAGAUGACUUUGACCUCAUCGUCUAA